ACAAAGCACGUCAUUUUCUUACAGGGCAUGCGUACCUUUUGUUUCGAAAAAUAUCCAGCGCUUGUGCGGGAGUAUAAAAGUUCAUAAGAAAUACAAAGCACCUUAACCAUAAUAAAAGAUGCGCAUGAAUGAAUGUGAUUUAUUGAUUUUUAGGCAUUUUCGGGUGCAAAUGAGUGCACAAAUCACGGCGUGAAUGAAUGGUGAAGUAGGGCAGAGCAAGUUUGUGCCCCUGUAAAUUUUUGGAUAACUUCGUCAAUCUUAAGAUGUUGUGCCGACUCGGCAUCUUCAAGGUGUUUGUAGAAGUAGGGUGUGCGAAUGUGUGUUCUUUUUCUUUUGCAUGAUAAUACGUGUCUCAUUAAUAAAAUAAAGGUUCAGUUACAAGCCACGUAAACAUCGACGUUACAGGACUGAAAAGAUAGGACAAUCCUAUACAAAAAACCAGCGCCCGUCCCUCUGCACUAAGGAAAAGGAGACAGAUCACCUCUUCACACGAGCUCGACGCGGCUCCAUCGCUGAUCAGCAGCUUUACAGACCUCCAAAGUAGUUUGCUUGAAGCAAAACCAUUGCCGUUGAAAGAAUCAGACCGGGGCAACAUGUCCCCGGACACGCCAUCGAACUCCAGAACUGACAUCCCCACGCGAUUAUGACGCCGGAGGAGGAAACCAGAACUGUCAGCCUUCAACCACAAACCCAUCACAAGAUGCACCAUCUUCCAGCUGUCACUUGCGUAGACAACCGUCUGCGCGUACUCCUGGACGACAAAACCUCCCUGCUCCACCAUGACGUCGGAGAUAACACCGUAGCAACGGAGACAGAGCAGAAGGAGAGACACACUUGAUGGAGUCACCGCCGCCGCCUCGCCGACACCAUCCAUGAACCCUAACGUCGCCGAUCUGAAGAAUCGGCAAACACAUGAUGCCAUCAACUCCGAGACGCCGCCAUAAUGAGCACCCCCAGUGUGGGAGUGGAGUUGAGGCAGAUUUAUUCGCCCGGACGCCGCUCCCACCACCCCAACAACGCACCACGACCUACAAAUCCAAACCCUAACUACAGAGCGGAGAAACGGGGUCCCCUCUCCCUCCUGCUGCUGGAGCAGCAGUCGGAGGAAGAGGGGGCCAACGUCCUGGCCGGUGAAGAUCGGUGGAAAAAGAUCCGCCUUCCUAGUCGCCUGGUUGUGGCGGCGGCUAGGCCAGGGGAAAAACGCCUCGCACCAACUUGCAGCGUUCGCGUUUCGAAAACUGUGUGCAAAUGUGUGUUCAUGGUGGUGUAUAUGAGCAUCUGUCAUUGUAUUGUACAGUGUUCUGAGAAAAAAAAACUGAACCAAGGUUCUGUUUUAUUAUCCCUUAUUAUACUCUGUAUAUGUUCUGCGCGAUUUCCUUGAUUAUCUUCACUUUUCUGGUUUGCCCCUGCGAGCUGCCUCUUAUCUCUUCGCAUGCGUGUGUAUUUAAAUUUUAAAGCCCUAUAAUUGAGAAAUACAGGGAUUAUUUACACGGACACACGGCGCAUACGUCUUAAAUACCAACUCGCACGCCACGUUUCCUUCCAAAGAAAAAAAACUCGCACGCCGCGUCGAUUUAGGUUUCCAGAGGUAAACUCGCGCGUGGGGCGGAAAGAAAAUGGCACAGCGGAUCUCCUCGACGCCGUGCGACGCGUCCGGCCGCGAGGCGACGGAGGAGGCGCCUCUGCUGGACGUCGAGAAGGGCGUACCCGAAGAACGCGGCACGGCGUCGCCGGCGGACGAUGGGGGCGUGGAAACGUCCGGCUGCCGGCGCUUUUUCCAGGGGUUCUUGGCCGUUGUGUGGCUGUACAUGGUGAAUCAGAUGAGGAAAGAUUAUAGCGCCUGCGAUAAUGCCGAAACGAGACCGGUCAUGGCGCUUCUGAUGGUAGUGAUCGCCUUUACUGUCGCCAACGUGUUUCACUUGAUUAUGAAGUGGGGUAAAAAAAAUACAAGAAAGAUGCAAGCUACCAUCUUUCUCCUCUUUAAUUACCUCAACCUCAAUGAGCUAAGUGCAUGUAUGAAGUGAGUAGACCAUGUGUUAAAUGUUAUCGGUCUUGAUACCGUGGGAUGUAAGAGAACCAUUUUUUCUACUUUAAAGCACAUUGAGAAGAUAGAAAUACACUCUUUUAUGGACAAAUUUCGAUUGCCAAACUUA